UUCUUGUAUGGGGGCCGGGAGGACGCGCCCGGAAAUGUAGGCUUUUAUGACCAGUUGUUGGCUCUUAAAUGGGUAAGAGAUAAUAUCCAUGCAUUUGGUGGGGAUAGGGAUCAGAUCACUAUAUUUGGUGAGAGCGCCGGCAGUUGGUCCGUAUCGGCGCACAUAUUGUCUCCCCUAUCAAAGGGUAUGUUUAAGAGGGCUAUUAUGGAAAGCGGUGCCCAUUUGUACAACAAGGACAGGGAUGUGCUGAACACUACUGAGGCAGUACUUGAGGCCAAACAAGUGGCACGACUUCUCAAUUGUAGUGAAUCUGAGGAUUGGUUGAAGUGUUUACGAAAAGCCGACGGAAUGGCUGUAAUAAACUUAGACAACUGGUUGAUAGUCCCGGUGUUGGGCACAGAGUUUCUGCCCAUUUCUGCACAAAAAGCAUUUGAGACUAAAAAGUUUAAUUCAGGUUUGAAGUGAAUUAGC